GCGAAAAACUUUUCGAAUAUUAAUACAUAUAUAACAUGAAGAAAAUGAGAAGUAAUUUCGCUGGAAAAUUGGAAGAUGUGUUCCGCUGCUUUGAUGAAGACGGUGACGGUAAGAUAUCGCCUGCGGAGCUACGUUCCUGCAUGCGGAUAAUCGGAGAUGAGAUGACUUGGGACGAAGCUGAAGCUUUGGUCCUGUCGUUGGAUUCGGAUGGUGAUGGGUUGCUGUCAGUGGAGGAGUUCUUCGAGUUGUUAGAAGUUGGAGGAGGAGAAGAGGAGGAGAGGGGGCUGAGGGAAGCAUUCGCGAUGUAUGAGAUGGAUGGCCAAGGAUGCAUCACUCCGAAGAGCCUGAAGCGAAUGCUGAGCAGGUUGGGUGCCUCGAGAGAUAUCAAUGCAUGUGAGAUUAUGAUUCAGAGGUUCGACAUUAAUGGUGAUGGGGUGCUUUGUUUUGAGGAGUUCAAGGUCAUGAUGGCGGCUUGAGGGUUUGGGCUUGAACUUUGCAUGCGGCUGCUUUAUAAAAUCUGGCAUUGAUUUUAUGUUGGUUGUAUUUUAUUUCUGUUUCCUUUCUUUUAUACUUAUAUAUGGUUAUACUAUAUGAUU